UUGUAGAAAAUUUGACAAGUGAUUCAAUUGAAUUGAAUUCGUGGGUGAGCCAGAAUACAUUCACCUGCAGCCGUUAGAAAUUUACUUAAUUUCGUGAUAAUUCGUGGGUAAUUAUUGUAAAAUUAUAUCAGAAUCAUGGAUAUAAACGAUAAACUAUUGCAAGUGACAAAAACCAUUGAGCAGCAAGUGGACUCAGUGAUUGAACAAAUAGAUCAAUUGGAUGCAGGCGAUUUGGAAAGCCUACGCAAAAGCCGCAUGAAAGAGUUGAAAGCCAAGCAGCUGAAGAGGAAAGAAUGGUUGAGCAAUGGACAUGGAGUAUACAAUGAACUGCCUGAGGAGAAGCAGUUCUUCGAGGUGAUAAAGAAGUCGGAGAAUGUAAUCCUACAUUUCUACACAAACAGCAAUGAGAGAUGCAAGAUAGUUGAUAUGCAUUUCAAGAUCAUUGCUCCCAAGCAUGAAGAAACACUGUUCACUAAAGUGGAUGCUGAGAAAUGUCCGUUCCUUACUGAGAAACUGAAAAUCAAAGUCAUUCCAUCCAUUGUUUGCAUCCACAAUGGCAUCAUGGUGGAUAAGUUAGUCGGUUUCACUACUUUGGGCAACAGGGAUGAUUUUUCCACUGCAGAUAUGGAAUGGAGGUUAGCACAGAAUGAAGUUAUCGAAUACGAGGGUGAUCUUAGUGUGCCACCAUCAGAACAAAAGGAGAAAGUUGAGAAGAGCACGAGGAAAAUAAGGAGUGGCAAGUACAAUGGAGCCGAUGAUGAUGAUCUGGAUAUUGUGGAUUUCACUCAGAAUGGAAAUGGGGUGCAGCAGCCAUCAAAUGCUUUUGAGCUUACACCUGAAGAAGAAGCAGAGUUAGGACUGGAUGACUAACUUCUUUUUUUUGUUUCCUUUGAUUAAUUAAAAUUAGCUUUGUAAGUUUACUAAAUGCACUGAUGAUAUUAUCUAUUUCAGUAAUAAAUCUUAAUAUUUUUUUCUAAUAUUUAUAUAUAUA